CUUCUCAACUCACUUUCAAGUAUCACCAGCGCCUAAAAAUCUCUCAUGACUACUCCAUUCAGCUUCUCUUCUCCCUUCACGCUCUUCUUUGUCGUCACUUGUUCAUGUCUAGUCUCAAAUGCUCAAGAGGGAGGAGAAAGCUUUGCACCAAGGCAGGGGAAGAGGGAAUUGGCGCCUGCGAUGUUUGUGUUUGGUGACUCGCUCAUAGACAAUGGAAACAACAACGAUCUUCCUUCUUUUGCCAAGGCAAACUACUAUCCUUAUGGCAUAGACUUUUCUGGUGGACCCACAGGGAGGUUCUCCAAUGGCUACACCAUUGUUGAUGAGAUAGGUACGUACCUGAAUCUUCUGGGAUUACCACUAACACCAACCCCAUUCCCAAGCCUCGGAGCGGCGCUGCAUGGAGUCAUUACGCAUGGCUAGCGCUGGCGGGGGAUUCUUGAUGCUACUGGCAGAAAUUUUGUUGGACGCAUACCGUUCAACCAACAGAUCAAGAACUUCGAGUCAACCCUCGAUCAGAUCACGGACAAUCUGGGCGCAGAUGCGGUGGCUGAUGCGAUAGCGCACUGCAUCUUCUUCGUUGGGAUGGGGAGCAAUGACUACCUCAACAACUAUCUCAUGCCCAAUUACAACACCAGGAAUGAGUACAAUGGCGAGCAGUUUUCAGACUUGUUGGUCCAGCAGUACAGCAGACAGCUCACUAGUUUAUACAAUCUUGGAGCUCGGAAAUUUGUAAUCUCGGGUGUCGGAUCGAUUGCCUGUAUACCAAGCAUUCUUGCACAAAAUAUGCUGACUCGGUGCUCACCAGAUGUCGAUAAUCUUGUUAACCCAUUCAAUAACAAGGUUAAGGCAAUGGUCAACACACUCAACACCAAUCUCCCUCGUUCCAAGUUCAUUUACGUCGAUAUCUAUCGCAUGUUUAUGGACAUCAUAAAUAAUCCAAGAUUAUAUGGAUUCAGCGUCAUUGACCGUGGUUGCUGUGGCAUCGGUCGCAACAGCGGGCAAAUCACAUGCCUUCCCUUUCAAACUCCAUGCUCCAACAGAGACCAGUAUGUGUUCUGGGAUGCAUUCCAUCCAACUGCUGCUGUUAAUGUUAUGCUAGCAAGAAAAGCCUUCAGUGGCAACACUGAUGUGGUGUUCCCCAUGAACAUUCAGCAGCUCGCAGCCUUAGACCUUAAAGCAAAUUGAGAUGGUAGACUGAUCUCUCAGUGAGUGAGUGAAUGUUGCAUAGAGAGUUUUAGAUUUUAGUAAGGACAGCUGUUGCUAGUGUUGUAACUGUGGCUUAUGUCAUAAGCAAAAAUUAAAUGAAGGUCUUUGAUCCUUGUUCCA